GGCGACCAGACGACCAGACUCGGAGAUCAGGAUAGUUCUUGUCGAGGGAGAAUCCCCGCUGCAUGUCUUAGAGGUUCAUUUUAAAUACUUACUAUAGCACAUGAAGGAGCCGGUGUUGUCAUCAAUAGCUUUCAGUCCUCGCUCAGUUUCCUGCUUUGUGUUAUGGCUUCAUCUAUCUACAUCACUCUGCUGACCUUGCUAACAUGGCUUCUGAACAAUACCCAGCGCACAUUAGCUCAAAGUUGCUGGAGAGAGACUCCUUGCUCUAAUAUUACGCAGCCUGUCUACCCUGGUGAAUGGGACGCCAAUAACUUUGCGCCUGAUUCGCGAAACGUGGCUCCUGUGGCUGUUUACAGUCUACAGAGCGGUCGGGAAAUUGCAACCUGGCCAGCAGCUAUUCCCAUCAGCAGCAACACUUCUGGCGUCUACCUGGAUUUCGGCAAGGAAGUAGGCGGUGUUAUCACUAUCAAGUUCUCGGUAUAUUCUGUCACUAAAAGACAUUCCCGUGAACAAGGUUCCCUGGGCUUAGCUUUCUCGGAAGCGAAGAAUUGGGUUGGCUAUACCUCAGACUCAAGCAAUGGCAACUACGCACGGCCGGACGAUGCGAUUUACGGCACGUUUUCCCGUACCGGGAACUUCACUUAUGUUAUGCCGAUAGAGUAUCUCCGAGGUGGAUUUCGAUACUUGACGUUAUUCUUGUUAGGUGACGGCACUUCUAUUAUGAUCCACAAUGUUACCUUAGAGCUGUCGUUCCAGCCAACAUGGUCCAAUCUUCGGGCAUAUCAAGGCUACUUUCAUAGUAACGAUAAUCUACUCAACAAGAUAUGGUAUUCUGGCGCCUAUACACUGCAACUGAAUGCGAUUUCUCCGUCCACCGGUAGAACUUGGCCCCCUCCUCGUGUUGCGUGGCAAAAUGACGCCACUCUGGGCCCGGGGAAUACGAUCAACGUAGACGGCGCAAAGCGAGACAGGACUGUGUGGCCAGGAGAUAUGGGUGUGGCUGGUCCUGCUUCUUUCUACAGUACAGGGGAUUUAGAGAGCAUAAGGAAUUCACUACAGUCUUUGUAUGAUGGUCAGGCUGGGUCUGGUUUACUACCAUUUUCGGGGAAACCUUUAAAUGCUUCGGGAAGUGCUACCUAUCACAUGUGGACUAUGAUAGGUCUUUAUAACUACGCCAUUUUCUCCGGGGACGUGGAAUUCGUCAAAAUACAGUGGGAAAGAUACGUUUUCGCAAUGACCUUCAUUCUUGCCCAAAUCGACCCGGUUGUAGGUCUCGUGGACAUUUCAUUCUAUCCUAACGACUGGGGCCGUUUCAAGUCAUACGGGUACCUGGCGUCGGCUCAGAUGCUUGCCUACCACACAUUGACGACAGGUGCACUAUUGGCAGAAUGGGUAGGUGACACCACGGGCUUAAACAGAGUCUGGCUCCAUAUUGCUGCGGAACUUAAAGAAACCAUCAAUAAGAAGCUAUGGGAUACAGAUGUUGGUGCCUUCAAGGAUAACUAUGGCCCCUACGAUACGGGGCUGUAUCCUCAAGACGGGAAUUCACUUGCUAUUCUCCUAGGCGUUGUGAAAGGAGCCGGAAAACAAGGACGGUCAAUAUCUUCCUGGCUGACAACGAACUGGAGAGCAAUCGGCCCCGAGUCACCAGAGCUACCGGGCGAAGUAUCUCCGUUUGUAACAUCGUUCGAGAUCCAAGCCCACUUUCUUGCUCGACAGCCUCAACGCGCCCUGGAUCUAAUACGAACGAGUUGGGGUUGGUAUCUCAAUAAUGAAAAUGGCACCCAGUCCACCAUGAUCGAAGGAUAUCUAAUCGACGGCACAUUUGGGUAUCGCCACGACGCCGGCUACGAGGAAGUCUAUUCUUACACAUCGCAUGCCCACGGAUGGUCAACAGGACCUAUCACGGCACUGACGGAACACACAUUAGGUCUCAGUGUGACGGGAUUAGGCGGUCAGACAAUCCGAUUUGCACCACAACUAGGGGAUCUAAAGGAUGUCCAGGGAGGAUUUGUCACCAAUUUUGGUAAAUGCCAUGCGAGAUUGCGCCUGAAUGAAACGACGGGUUGCACACUGGCCGAACUCGAGGUUCCAAAGGAGGCUACUACGGAGGUUAUCCUACUCCCCGGAAAGUGCAGACCUGGACCAUCUUCUUCUAUCCAGCUCAACGGUAAAUACGUGGAAAUGGGAAAGCUCGAUAUAUUGGAUGGGUCAGGGGAUGCGAAGUUGUACUCUAUGACCUUGCCCGGGGGUAAGCACGUAUUCGAGUAUUAAAUUGUCAGGCUAGUUGUACGCAGACACGUCAGGCAAUGCGAUAUCCCAGCAAAUAAAGGGAGCUGCCUCUGUAGUAUGAUUAAUGACGCAUCUGAAUCUAUCGUUAUAUUGAUGGUCCCUAAUGCUCGUGAUAUCUUGUCACAG